GCGCAGUCUGCGCUAUAAAAGAUCGGAUCGAGCUGUCUGAGUUUUUCGCCGGCAACUUGGAAGAAACAGAGAACAACACACACACUCACAUAGAACACACACACACACCCCGAGGAUGAGAGAGAUUGUCCACAUCCAAGCCGGCCAGUGCGGCAACCAGAUUGGAGCCAAGUUCUGGGAGGUGAUCAGUGAUGAACAUGGCAUCGACCCGACUGGAAACUACGUGGGUGACUCAGACCUUCAGCUGGAGAGGAUCAGCGUUUACUACAAUGAAGCGUCCUCCUCCAAAUAUGUUCCCAGAGCUAUCCUAGUGGAUCUGGAGCCAGGCACCAUGGAUAGUGUGCGUUCUGGAGCCUUUGGCCAUCUCUUCAGACCUGAUAACUUCAUUUUCGGUCAGAGUGGAGCAGGUAACAACUGGGCUAAAGGCCACUACACAGAAGGAGCAGAGCUGGUGGACUCCGUCCUGGAUGUGGUGCGAAAGGAAUGCGAGAACUGUGACUGCCUCCAGGGUUUCCAGCUGACCCACUCACUCGGAGGUGGCACGGGUUCUGGUAUGGGCACCCUGCUGAUCAGCAAAGUAAGAGAAGAAUACCCUGACCGCAUCAUGAACACCUUCAGUGUGGUCCCCUCUCCUAAAGUGUCUGACACAGUGGUGGAGCCCUACAAUGCCACACUGUCCAUCCACCAGCUGGUGGAGAACACAGAUGAGACCUACUGCAUUGACAACGAAGCCCUAUACGACAUCUGUUUCCGCACACUUAAGCUGGCCACACCCACUUAUGGUGACCUCAACCACCUGGUCUCAGCUACCAUGAGUGGAGUCACGACCUCGCUGCGCUUCCCAGGCCAGCUGAACGCAGACUUGCGCAAGCUGGCAGUCAACAUGGUACCCUUUCCUCGCCUGCACUUCUUCAUGCCCGGAUUCGCUCCUUUGACAGCACGUGGCAGCCAACAGUACCGUGCUCUUACCGUCCCCGAGCUCACACAGCAGAUGUUUGAUGCCAAAAACAUGAUGGCCGCUUGCGAUCCACGCCACGGACGUUACCUCACCGUGGCCACUGUCUUCCGAGGCCGCAUGUCAAUGAAAGAAGUGGAUGAGCAGAUGCUGGCCAUCCAGAGCAAGAACAGCAGCUACUUUGUAGAAUGGAUCCCCAACAACGUGAAGGUUGCAGUGUGCGAUAUUCCACCACGGGGGCUCAAGAUGUCCUCCACCUUCAUUGGCAACAGCACAGCCAUCCAAGAGCUGUUCAAGCGCAUCUCCGAGCAGUUUACGGCUAUGUUCAGGCGUAAGGCUUUCUUGCACUGGUAUACUGGUGAAGGCAUGGAUGAGAUGGAGUUCACAGAGGCUGAAAGCAACAUGAACGACCUGGUAUCUGAGUAUCAGCAGUACCAGGAUGCCACGGCUGAGGAGGAAGGAGAGAUGUACGAGGAUGACGAGGAGGAGUCUGAGGCCCAGGUCCAAAAGUAAACUUUAAUGAUAUACAACAAGCUCACUCUAAACCUUACCAGUUAUUACUCUGCCGGCUAAUAAUAUCCUAAUCUUUCACUUCCCUUACAGGUAGAUUAAACUUCAUGUUAACCAUUUGUACCAAUUUAAGCAGAAAUUCACUUUACUGUACCAUAACGGCUUCUUAAAGGUACUGUGUUUGUUGUAUAGUGUUGUUCACUGACCGAUCCUAAAUAAACCAGUGUUUCAAGUGGU